UCUUCUCGCGCAAUCCGGUUUCUGGAAGAGGACGGAGAGUGUGAAGAGUAACGAUGGCGUCUUCUUCUUCGUCUUCGUCGUCGCCGUCAACGGCGAGAAUCUGGUUCCGGAUGGUGGUUUCGAUCGCGUUAAUGGCGGUUUUGUUCUACGUCGGCCGUCCUCUUUACUGGAAGAUCUCCGCCACUGUCCACGACAUCCCCCAGAACAAGCAGUCCGUUAGAGAAGGUAUAUCGCAGGUCGAGUACGAGGCGCAGAAAUCGGCCGGAUGUUAUGACGGCGAGUCGGAUUCAGGCCUCCGUGAUGAUCGGACCAAGAACUCGUCCGCCGCACCACCGCCGCCCGGAGGCUUCUCAUCGCCGGAGCUCAGUCCGAACCAUCGCAUCCUGCUGGAUACGGAUCUCGACACGGACGAUAUCUUGGCCCUCUUGUACCUCUUGAAGCUCAACAGAUCGGAAUUCAAUCUCGAUGGGAUUACGAUCAAUGCGAAUGCAUGGACCGACGCAGGGCAUGCAGUGAAUCAAGUGUACGACGUUCUGUACAUGAUGGGUCGGGACGAUAUCGACGUCGGAGUCGGAGGUGAAGGCGGCAUUCUCGACGACGGUACUGUUCGUCCUGACGUCGGUGGUUACCUUCCCAUCAUCGAUCAGGGGAUGACAACGACAGGAGGUUGCAGGUUCAGACAGGCCAUUCCCAAAGGUCUUGGAGGACGUCUCGACACCGACACCAACUUCGGUUUGCGAAAACGGUUUCUUCCGCAGGGAAGUAGAAGAUACACACCAAUUCAUCAGCCAACUGCUCAACAGCUGCUGAUCGAAAAAGUCUCGAAAGGUCCGGUAUCGAUUCUGAUGAUCGGAGCUCACACGAAUAUCGCGCUGUUCAUGUUGUCGAAUCCUAGUCUGAAGCGAAACAUCAAACACAUAUACGUGAUGGGAGGCAGUGUACGAUGUACUAGUAGUUACUGUCCCAAGAACUCGAGUUCUUGCGAGCGCAGAGGUUGCGGGAAUUUGUUCACUGGCGGCUCCUCCAAUCCCUACGCCGAGUUCAAUAUGUUUGCAGAUCCUUUCGCUGCGUAUCAGGUGUUUCGUUCGGGUGUUCCAAUAACUCUUGUUCCGUUGGAUGCAACGAACACAGUGCCAGUAACGGAGAAGUUGUUCGAGGCAUUCGAGAUGAACCAGAGCACUUACGAAGCUCAAUACGCUUUCUUGUCCCUCGAAACUUCCGUUGGACCAUAUUUAUCAGCAAUGAGCUACUUCAUGUGGGACUCAUUCACGGCCGGUGUAGCCGUCUCAUUAAUGCGUAAUUCAGGCAAGAAUGACGGUGAAAACGAUUUUGCCGAGAUGGAGUACAUGAACAUAACCAUCGUAACUUCCAACAAACCUUUUGGAAUAUCCGACGGCUCGAAUCCCUUCUUCGACAACUGGAGAUUUCCAAAGUUCAACCUUACCCGAGGCGGAGUUCACAGCGGCCAUGUUCAGACAGGUCUCCACGAUCCGUUCUGCAUUUCAAAGGAUUCGGAAGGGAAAUGUCAGGACGGUUACACGAGAGAGACUUCAGGGUCGGAUUCUGUAAGUGUUCUUGUUGCCACGAAAGCGAAACCGAACAAAGACAGCACAAGUGAACUCGACAGAGAGUUUUAUGUCAGCUUCUUGGAAGUUCUGAACAGGCCUGAGCAAACAGCUAGGUUUAACUUCUCAACCCAGUUUCCAUAUUACAGAGAAGAAUAUUACAUACCAGAUUUCAGCAAAAGACAGAAGGGAAAGCCAGUUGUGUUGGAUAUGGACAUGAGCCCUGGAGAUUUCCUCUCUCUCUUCUUCCUCCUGAAGGUUCCUGUUGAAAUCUUCGACUUGAAGGCGAUAAUGGUGAGUCCGACGGGAUGGGCAAAUGCGGCGACGGUCGACGUCGUGUACGACGUGCUUCACAUGAUGGGUCGCGAUGACAUUCCGGUGGGUCUCGGCGAUGUGUUCGCCGUCAACCAAUCGGACCCAAAUUUUCCGACGGCCGGAGACUGCAAGUACGAGAAAGCUGUUCCUCAAGGCUACGGCGGAUUUCUCGACUCCGACACUCUCUACGGCCUUGCCCGUGACCUCCCCAGAAGCCCUCGACGAUACACAGCAGAAAACAGAGCGCCAAGGAACAAGGACCGGCCUGAUCUCCGACAACCUCUGGCACUUGAAGUGUGGGAAAAUGUGGUGAAGUCUUUGGAUAAAGGAUCGAAGAUCACAGUUCUUACAAAUGGACCGUUAACUACUUUAGCCAAAAUCAUCUCAUCUGAGAAAAAUUCAACUUCUGUAAUCAAGGAGGUUUGCAUCGUCGGAGGACAUAUAAACCAUAAUGAGACAGACGAAGGAAACGUCUUCACGAUCCCUUCGAACAAAUACUCCGAAUUCAACAUGUUUCUUGAUCCUUUGGCCGCAAAGAUCGUUCUCGAAUCCGACCUGAACAUAACGCUCAUUCCACUAGCGACGCAAAGACGGUUGAACUCGCUCGAAACGAUGCUUAAUGGAUUCCGAUUUGCGAGGAAAACACCGGAGGCUUUGUUUGUACAGAGCUUGCUGACGAGGUUUCAUGAACUUCAUCAGAAUCACCACAGAUACCAACAUAUGGACAUGUUCUUGGGGGAGAUCCUGGGAGCAGUGUUCUUAGGAGCUGAUGACACAGCAUUAAAGCGACAAGUACAAGCCGAGAAUGUCAAGGUCAUUGUCCAAGGCAAUGAGUCGACAGAUGGUCGGAUUCUGAUCGACAGAGUUCAUGGAAAACGGGUAAACGUGCUGGAAAAAGUAGAUACGGAAGCGUACUAUGAGAUUUUUGCUUCUCGACUCAGCGACGAGAAACAAUCAGCAGUCAUAGGAAGCUUCGACGAACAGAAGAAGAGAUGGAACACACCACCACCGCGUCUAAGCUUAGAUGCCUCAAAGAUUUGGACAUCUUGACAGCGUUUCUCUUCUGACAGCAACAUGAACUACGUUUCU